UAGCAACUAUGUAGCUAACAUCAAGCCUAUCAAACUACCUGUAAUAUCAACAUGGAACCUAGUGUAAAUAAUUCGAUGUGCAAAUUUAACUAUAAGAAAUGUCCCCAAAUGUGCGGAAUGUGUCCUUCUUGCGUUUUUGCACCGAACCCUCUGGGUUCCACCAAACGUUUGUGGAAAGUGUCGGAUGGACUCAAGAGGAGAUUCGUUGUGGCGUUACUUUUACGAUGCAGGAAUCCCCAGGUGCUCGAGAACAUCCAGAAACUGCUAAAUGAAACACCAUGGACGUGGUUCACGUACGCCAGGUCAAGAAGUCCGACUUCCCCUCAGAAAUACCCUUCUUCAAACCAAGCACUGGCUGACAAACCACUUGGCGUGGAUAUAAAUGGAAUUUCGAACUGGUUCAACAGCAGUCCAGACUGGAUGAAAUUAAACUACAUUUGCCGACUUUUUUCUUUAUGUGACUUUGAACUUCUACACAUGCUCUCUAACUUAACCGACGUGCUUUUGGCCAGACAGAAGCGAGGGUUUCUACACUUAAGUGUGAGAAACCACAAUCCCAAUCAACACGAUCAGGACUCAGAUGACCCUGCUCUCAUGGUAGUUCCUGGAUCAUCAAAGUCUAUGUCUGGAGUCAGUCAAUAUCGAGACUUCAUUGGUUGCUUACCUGUUGAUCUGUCCAAGAGGAUUCUAGGUCUGUUAGAGGAACAUACUUUGACAUGUUGCAAGAGGGUUUCUCAAUACUGGAAGCACCUUGCAGAGGAAACCAUGCAGGAGAUCAAAUUCAGAAGAAUUUUUCAGGACGAAAUUAAGAUAAUGAUGGAGGGCUGCAGUAGUAUUCAUAUAGUCAGUCCUACUUAUGCCAACAUUGUUGAUGUCACAGUUCCUGUACAGAUGGAUGAGGAAGAGGAGGAAUCUGUCCAAAAGGUCAAGCAAUUUGAAGCCGCUUAUGCCAAAAUAAAAACAAAAACAGUGCUAAUGGAAGAGCGAAAUGUUUAUUGCGGUGCAUAUUUUUCCAAGAUGCUGCUAAACGAAAAAGACCCUUACAGAGUGGUAGACUACAAAGGUGGCCGGCUAAUGGCUACAGGCUCAAAGGAUCGUUUGGUGCAUCUGUUUUAUGUGGCAUCUGAAACAAAAGCCAUGACGGUGAUGAGAGGACAUGCUGGCAGCGUUCGGGCCGUGCUGCUUUGCGAGGACAGAGGUCUGAUCAUAACUGCAGGCUGUGAUGCAACCAUCAGGUGUUGGAAUUUGAAGACAGACAGUUGUGCGAUGGUGCUUUAUGGACACACCAGAACCAUCAACUGCUUGGAUGUGCAUGGUGACAGACUUGUCUCAGGAGCAAAUGAUUACACAGUUAAAGUGUGGAGUCUACAGACAUGGAGACAAUUAAAGGAUAUUCAUUUUAAGCAUCACAGUUCUGUCCUAUGUGUAAAGAUGGACAAAACAACUGUGUACAGCAGCUGUGUUCAAGGCCUGGUCAAAAUAUGGAACAUGGAAAAUGGAUCACUGCUCAGGGUGAUUGAUGCCCACAAGAACUCAGUAAAGUGUUUGUUUUUUGAUCAAUGGCACCUUCUGUCCGGGGAUUCUAGUGGCAAAGUCAAAGCUUGGAGCGUCAGCUGUGGUGCUAAAGAGUGUCUUAUGACAUUCAACCACCCAAAGGAGGUAAAAUCUCUGGCCCUUAUCUACCUCCGUGUUAUUACUGGCUGUGUGGAUGGAAAAAUUCGCAUAUUUAAUUUCCUUACUGGAGAUUGUUUGAGAGACAUCGUGGUAGACUUUGUAUCAGGCACAAUACGAUCUUUUCACUUCCAUGACCACAGUAUAUUAGUGAACACAACAUCCAGUGUGCAGCUCUACCAGUUUGCCAAGGUGUUCUGGGAUCACAUAGAUUCAACACAGGGAGGUUGUGGUGAUGCACUGGCUCAGGAUGGUUUGGUUUCUGAGACAUCAGCACAUUGCCUCACAAAGUUUCCUCAUACAUUAUCCCCCACCCAAAAGAUUCAGAACUGCAACAAGAAACCAGAGAAAAUCUCUAUCACCAAAAAAUCUCAGACAAAAGAAAAAAUGUGCAGGAAGACUGCUCAAGAGUUAUUGAUGCAGAGUGAGAAGGCUGCAAGUGAACGGAUAAAGAAAAGAGGCCCCCAUCAUCCUCUGACCCGUGACUCCAUUCUCCUUAGAGUUGGUACCAUCCAGAGGGUGAAAUGCAUGGAUGAAGUCAGCAUCAACAUGGAGCACAAUGCAAGUUUGCGCGAUUCGUGGGGUCCUCCCACACCUCUGGAUCUACUCAGGUCUGAUGCAGAAAAGCAGAUCCUGCAGCUGUACCCACUACAGCCCACACAUAAGAGGAGGCCCAAGACUUGCAUCCCAGUUCUGAAGCAAGCUGCAGGUCAAAAUAUGAAAAGCACAUCACAAGCAAAGGAGGUUUCCUCUGCCCCUGACACAACACAGAGAUACCAUCCAAUGCAUCCCAGCGAUAACACACACACGCCCAACAAGACAAUGAGUUGACUAAGUAAAAGCACCACAGUAAAGCUGCGAGUACCUAAUCCAGAAUUUUGCAUAAAAACUAGUACCAUCUUGCCAGCUUUGCACCCUUCCAAGAGCAGGAAAGAUUCAAGCUGCUCCCCGUGACACAGCUGCAAGACUCAGUUCAGGCUGAAAAAGAAUUUAUGCUCUGUGCAAGAUCUGAACAAGAAUAUGAGAUCAGAUGAAGGGCAGACCUGCAUGAAUAGAUAAGCUAUCACUUGUGGUUGAUUAUUUUAUCAACUCUGUUACUAAUAUACAAUCCUUGUUUUGAACAUUUUUGUUAAUCCAAAAAGCAUUCUGUUUUUAAAGGUGUUUCAAUAAAAU